AUACAGUCGUCGUCGUUGCGGUCACAAAAAUGGAAUAGUUUUUCAUAUCUCUGCUGUCAAAAAAAAAUUAUUAUGUGAUUUUUUUUCUUCGUGUGUACUUUUCAUCACAUCUCGUUGUGCGUGUUAUUUUAUUUGUUACGAAUUUAUUCAUAAAAAGGAAAAUAUAAAUUAUAAAAAUUUUCUCAAUUGGAAAGGCAGUACAUAGUCGUGAUUUAGACAAAAUAAUCGCCUCGUUAAGAGGGCAGUGUUUUUGUUUAGUUUUUUAGCAGAAUAAAAUCCAGGAUUUGGAUUCAUUUUUGUCUGAAAGAACGGCGAAAAAAGAAGUCCUUCAUUCUUUCAGAAUGGCCGAGCAAAACGAAAAAUUACUCCAAGAACUUUUGCGUCUUAAUGGCAAUAAUAAAUGCGCCGAUUGUGGAAGCAAACAUGUCGAAUGGGCUUCAUACAAUGUUGGUAUAUUUCUGUGCACCCGCUGUGCUGGUGUGCAUAGGGCAAUGGGGGCACACAUAUCCAAAGUCAAACAUUUAAAACUAGACAAAUGGGAAGAUAGUCAACUGGAACGAAUGAAAGAAGUUGGAAAUCAAAGAGCAAAAUUAAAAUAUGAAUAUAGAGUGCCUCCUUGUUAUCGUCGUCCUUGUGAAAAUGAUCCACAAGUCUUAAUCGAACAGUGGAUAAGAGCCAAAUACGAACGACUAGAAUUUUCACAAAAUGGUCGACCAAGUUACAUAUCCGGGCACAUGGAAGGUUUCCUAAUGAAACGCGGCAAAGAAGACAGUCGCUACCAGCCGCGCAAAUUUAUACUAUCCGAAUCAGAUGACACCUUAAAGUAUCAUGUAAAAGAGAGUAAAGAUCCCAAAGCUGUGCUUCGAAUAUCCGAACUCAAUGUUGCAUUUGCACCAAGAAAAACUGGUCAUCAGAAUUCCUUACAGUUGACAUACAUGAAAGAAGGUUCAACGAGGCAUAUUUAUGUAUAUCACGAUGACCCAGAGGUCAUUAAUAACUGGUAUAUGGCAGUUCGAUGUGCUAAAUUGCACCGGCUGCAAGUUGCAUUUCCCAGUGCAUCCGAAAAUGAACUUACUCCCCUGCUAACAAGAGACUUUGCUAAAGAAGGCUGGUUACUAAAGACCGGUCCAAGACCAUCAGAUGGCUACAAGAGGCGAUGGUUUACUUUGGAUAAUCGAAAGUUAAUGUAUCAUGAUGAUUCAAUGGAUGCAUAUCCGAAAGGAGAAAUUUUCCUAGGUCAUAAUUUAGAUGGAUAUAGUGUGAGGGUGGGUGUUCCAAUCGGUGCUAAAGAGCAACGAUAUAGCUUUACAUUGUUUACACCCGAGCGAACGUACAAUAUGUGCGCAUAUAGCGAUAAGGAACGAGAAGAUUGGAUGAAUGUUAUUCAAAAUGUUCUAGAAAGACCCCUGACGCCGCAAGAUAGCUCAAUGUCGGCACGAUUAAUACGAAAACGUACUGGGACCAAUGCGAUGAGCAUGUUUUCCGGAAGAUAAAACCAAACUCCGACAGCAACUAUAAAAUAAAAUUUAAAAAAAAACUGAAGCUACCACUACCACUCAAUAGCAAUAGAUUUCGCUUUUAAAAUAAAUUAUUUUAUAUAAAUAUAAACAAGUAAUAAAAAAAAAUAAUAUAAAAAAUAAAAUAUUAAUAAUUAUAACAUUAAGAUAACUUCAAAACACAACUAUUAAUAUACAACAUACCUACAUUUACAUACAUUAUACAUAAAUAAUAUUAAAAAAAAAGUUUGCAUAUUAUACAAAAACAAAAAAUUGAUUCAAAAUCGUGUUCGUUAUACUUAUACCUUUACUAUAUAAACAAAAUUAUAUGUAUACAAAAACAUUAAUAUUUAUAUAAAAUAUAAACAAAAAAAUGAAAAUGAUAGCGAAAUAUUUUACAUCUGUCUUAAGGGCUAAGGCAGAUCAUAUUAUAAUAUUAAACAAAGUUUUAGAAAAACAAAAAAAAUUAUUAAGCUAAAUCAACAAGAAAAAAAAAACAAUACGUUAGAAGUGUUCUUUUAU